AUGCGUGCUCAGCCGCGCCCGGGAGGCACGCUGCGUCGUCGGCGGCUGCCGUCGUCUGCGCUCAGCACGGCCAGUGUGUCGUCGCUGAUGACGGUGGUGCCGGAGAACCAGACCGGUCAGAUGCUGCCGCAGCAGCUCGGCAUGAUGGGCAUGGAGGCACUGGAGACGGCCACCGGUUACUGGGAGGACGCGCUGGCCGCGUACCGGGCGGACGUGACGGGCGGCGCGGCCGUGCCCAGCCGGGAGGAGGCCGAGUUCUGCCAGCAACUGCAGCGGCUGCUCGACGCCGCCUGCCGGCUGCAGGCCGAGUGCGAACAGAUGUUCCUCUUCUACGAGUCGGCGCUGUACCGCUCGUCGUCGGCCACGCCGGUGCCGACGGCGCCGUCGAGUCGCGGCCGCGCGCGCAACGCCUUCAGCGACUGCUCCGUGGACUCGUUCCACUCGGCCGAGGGUGAGGUGGCCGACCUCUCCGACUUCGACGAGCUGGCCGAGCUGAGCGACGCCGCCAGCCAGCUACCACUCUACCAGUCGGCGCUCGAGCUCUACGAGACGGACGGCAUUCCGUUCCGCACGCUGCGCACCGCUCGCGUCGGCUGCGGCUCGGAUGUCGAGUUCCUGGCGCGGCUGCACUGCGUGCGGCUGGGCUACCAGUGCCUGCUGCUGGAGCCGGCGGCGCGUGCCUGGCUGGUGGACGCCGGCCGGCAGCUGCUGCACGACCUCCUGCUGCGCGCCGACCGACACCCCAAGGACAUCGUGGCCGCGUACGAUGCUCUCGUGGAGUACCUCUCGCAGCCGGACGUCUGGCCCACCGUCAAGCUGGAGCUGCAGGCGCGCAACGUGAAGUGCUUCACCUUCUACGACAUCGUGCUCGACUACAUCAUCCUGGACGCGUUCGACGACCUCGAGUCGCCGCCGUCGACGGUCGUCGCCGUCAUGCAAAACCGUUGGCUCACUAGCAGCUUCAAGGAGUCGGCGCUGAACACGGCAAUCUGGUCCGUGAUGAAAGCCAAGCGACAGUCGCUAAAGUUCGCCAACGGCUUCAAGUCGCACUUCUACACGCUGGCGGAGCACAUGAUCCCUGUGCUGGCGUGGGGCCUGCUCGGACCGGACAAGCAGUUUGGCGCCGUCUGCCACCAUCUUAAGGACCAGGUUUCGGGCUACGUACAAGAUAUUUUCAACUCUGACUGUGUGCGCUACACCACAGUGGAGGAGCUGACCGAGGAUCUGCUGCGACUGACAAAGGCUCGGUACGAGACGGUCAGCCAGCGUCUGCAGGAGGACGAGUGAUGUUUGGCCAGCGCUGUCAGGUGCCAAGUGACGGCCGGCCAGCUGACCAGUGACGGUUAGCCAGCGCUGGCAGGGAACAAGUGACGGCCAGCUGGCUGACCAGUGACGAACCAGCUGACCACUAACAACCAGCUAGACGACCAGUGACAGCCAGCUGACCAUUGAGGGUUAGCCAGGGUGGGUGGGGUAUAAGUGACGGCCAGUUAGCUGACCAGUAACGGUUAGCCAACUGACCAGUGACGACCAGCCAGCUGAAUAGGGAUGGCGGACAACUAACCAGUGACGACCAGCUGUCUGACCAGUGGCAGGUAUCCAGCUGACCAGUGGAGUUACGGACAGCUAUUUCCUACAGGGAGACGAGUGACGGCCAGUCAGCUAACCAGUGACAGAAUGGUAGUGCCUUCGGGCACGGGACCGAUAGUCCUCGUGCUGAGUUGAUUGGAUGCUAUGUUCGCGCACCAGCGUUGGUAAACGCCACUUGAGCCGGUUGGCGUAGACGUCAAUGGUUGUUAAGACGUAACACCUUGCUAACGAAUCGUUACAUUUGGAGAUGCGUGCAGCUUUGGAUGGAUGAGGUUUUAUGGGGAGGGGCAUUCCGAAUUCAGCAUGCAGUGCUCUUGCAUUAGUUCGCAGGGUGUGCACAUGGUCGCAGCUGCCCAGCAGUGUAUGUGACCACCGGGCGUUACAAUCCCAUGUGACCACCGGGCGUUACAAUCCCAUGUGACCACCGGGCGUUACAAUCCCAUGUGAUUUGUGAGAAGUGGAGGAUCGCGCACCGAUCGUGUUGCAUCGUACUUCCCCUUGUCUGAUGUUGGUGGUUGUGGUGCUUGUGUAAUCGCUAGUCCUGUCCUGCCUGGCGGAGAUGAUGCCAGGUCAAUACCAGUUUGACUCAUUGACCUAAUGGCCGUGUACUGCGGCGUCGUUUUUUCUGCUGUCACUGGAUGAAGCGAUGCACAGGUUGGGUUGGCGCCUAAGUCUCGGGAACACGCCAGUGAGUGCGUUGCGUGGUCGUGCCUGGCCCAGCUGUGUCGUCGCUGUCGGCUAGAAGCCUCUCGGCUGCCUGGUGAGCACUCCUCAUCUUGGUGAGGUGCUCGUGUGGACAGCAUAAGUAAAGCAUGUAGCCAUGCAUUCACCGGCCUUACAUUGACCGUAGCUAGAUACAAGUAGCGUCCUGAACUAUUCCAUUGCUUGCGUUCCCUGUGCUAUGAGUGGAUUUAUCCAGGUGAUGCGCGACGUCAUUGUGAACAAUAUACGUUGGUAA